UUUAAGACCACACUGAAUAACUUCACCCGUCCAUGUUCAGCGGUUAUGCAUUUUCUUCAUGCUUAGUGAAUUUGCAUUUCCCUCUGCAGCAUUCUUCCCGGCGUUUGACUGUUUCUAUAUGCAAAAAGCUUGGCCAGUUCCCACUAAGCAAGUUUGCCAGGCUGCGGUCACGGACAGGAACACCCCUUUGCUCUGGCUGGAUCUGGUGUCAUUGUAAGAACACAUAGCCUAUAGGUGCUGUGAGCAUUCAACAAUCCUGCAUCAAAAGAAAAUUAUAUUUCUUUCACACACUGGGCAGUGCUUAAAGAAGAUCAUGAGUUCAAAUCCCAGCAUCACCAAGCUGACAUUGUUGCACCUUAAUCCCUCAACUGCUCAGUUGUAUCCUGUCUAAAUAUAAAUUGCUUUGCAUAAAAGCAUUGCCCUAAAGAGUGAAAAUGUAAUGUGUAUAAUAUAAAGCUGUAUGUUUAACACAUUCAUACAUGUUUUAUUGAAUGAAGGUCCCUGGUUGGUGUAUGUAAGCACUGUUGGUAGUGGCAGUAUUAUUCUCACAAGCAUCCAUCUUCCUUACCACUUAUUCUACGCGGGGUCGUAUCCAAACUUGAGACAACGCGGGAACACCUUGGAUGCCAACUCACCCCCAUUGUUCUGGAGGCCCUGUAGUAGGAACUAUUGGGCAGUUCUAACUCGAAUACAUGUCCUGCUUUUAUCGGCUACAGAUCCACCAUGACCCUGAUGGAUAAAGCGGUUACUGAAUAAAGAGUUUUCUCAGAUGAGUCUAUAGAACUCGUUGGCCUGUUUUGUUUCUGUAUUAUCUCAACGCAUGCUGGACUUUUAUUUUGAAACGCAUCUCUCCUCGGUGUACUUCCCGUCGUGUCUGACCGACUUCACGCUAUUUACACUGAUGGGAUGAGAGCUGUCUGGUUGUCCAUGGCAUUUCAUCCCGGAACAAGGCAUCAGUAGCACUAAGGGAACUUCUAUCGAGGCAGCAGUGUUGAGUCGCAGUGUAUCGGACACACUCUGGUGGGUUAGUGUAGCUGGAGAAGGCUGGACGAUGCAGACGCGUCGCUCCUCGUCGGCGCUGGCUGUGAGCGGCGAGGUGUCGCUUUCUUUCCAGGACGAGCUCGCUGCCACCAUCCACCGAGCCUUCGAGGUGGCGGUGGAGAUCGCGGUGGUGGAGGUCAGUAAGUUAGUGGGCCAGGCACUGGGCGAUGUGCGUGAUCAGAUGCAGGAGACGCUGAGGGAGAACUCGUUCCUCAAGACGCGGCUGCAGUCCGCCGAGCACGAGCUGGACACCGUGAGGAAGAGCAGAAAGAGCCAGAGCCCGGCUACAGCCGAUGAUGAUCCGCCGCAAAGCGAUUUCUCUCAGCGGCACGAAAGCCAGACCAAGUGUGAGAGCCGCUCCAAGGGGGAAGCAGAUAGCCCAGCCGCUCAGGAAACGCAUAAAAUGUGCCGAUAUGACAGCGGCUCCGAGCCACAGGACGAGUCUUUCUGUGAAAUCCGUGAGGAUGGAAGCGUUCGGUCACGUGACUUGGGCUCAGCAUCCAGUGCGUUGCAGUGCCGUGAUCAGAAGUCAGGUCCACCACAUGAAUCUCUUAUUCCAGAGAAUCAACAGAUGGCACAGCACACCCAAGAUAUUCAUGGUGACCAGACUCCACCGUCUGUUGAGCAGCCAGUCUGCAAGAAAGAGGAGAACCUAGAACCCCAGCUGGAUGAUGCUUCUGGAGAAGAUGAUGGUGAUGAUGAGAAUAAUCCAGAUGACGAUGACGAUGACAUUAGGCCAAGCUGCAGCUUUAACUCGGAGCAUGACGAAGAGUUUGAGCCAGACAGACUUUCUCUGGUGCAGUCUAAACUGUUGGAGGACUGGAGGCCUGACCCAGAGGCAGCACAAUGUGAUCAGAAUGAGAAUGCAAAUGCUGGACCCAGCCGUAGUCUUGAUGCUCCAGACAUGAUCUCCGCACCUGUUGGUGGUAAUCCCGGCUUUUCAGCCUCUUUCGAUGCUCUCUACCAAUCAGUAGCCAGAACUCACCUUGUGCAUCCUGCUCCUCAAAACGACGAUGUCCAGAUGAGGACAAGUGUCCCCACCCGGAUUCACCAGUGUAAAAUCUGCGGCCAUUCGUUUAGUCGGGCAAGUGAUCUGCGCAGACAUCAUAGUCACCGGCACAGAGCGAGGGCAGUUAACCCGGCGAAAGCAGGAAGUGCGGGGAGACCCGUCAAACAACAGCUGUUUCCUCCAGGGUGUAGCCCAUAUCACUGCAACGAAUGUGGUCGGGACUUCAACCGUAUGGAAAACUUAAAGACACAUUUGCGCAUACACACCGGAGAACGUCCAUACUCUUGUUCUGUGUGUGGGGUACGGUUCCGGCACUCAGGGGCGCUUACACGCCACUUCCGUAUCCACACGGGUGAAAAGCCGUAUGUGUGCGGGCAGUGUGGGAAACGUUUCCGGAACUGCGGUGGUCUGCGCUUCCACCAGAAAUCCCACACAACAGAUAGACAUAUGGUUUUGAAUUGCGUUUGAAGAAGAUGGAUUGUUUGUGGAGUUAUCAUGUAGUUGUGUGAUUUAGGGCUGGCCGGUAUAACCUCAAAUCAGCAGCUUGAUCAUUUUAAACCAUUACCUCGACGACAGUAUAUAAACAGGAUUUUUUAAAAACAUUUAUUCAAAAUUUCACUUUUUUUACAUUGUGCUUUCGCACUAAUGAGUCGAUGAAAGACAUUUGAAUAUUAAAACUGGAAAAUUGUGAGGGCUUUUUUGUGAAGAGUUAAAACAAGUGUUUGUUCCAGUGUAGCUGUGGGAUCUGUAGGAUGUAAUGGCAUUUGUGUGAGUCUUUCCAUAUUGAGUGGUAUUAAUAAAUGCGUGGGUUAAAGACU